AUGGCCCCAGCCUGGUCCUUACUCCUGGCCCUGCUGCUGCUCAGCUGCAACGCCAUCUGCUCUCUGGGCUGCCACCUGCCUCACACCCACAGCCUGGCCAACAGGAGGGUCCUGACGCUCCUGCGACACCUGAGGAGGGUCUCCCCUUCCUCCUGCCUGCAGGACAGGAAUGACUUCGCAUUCCCCCAGGAGGCGCUGGGUGGCAGCCAGCUGCAGAAGGCUCAAGCCAUCUCUGUGCUCCACGAGGUGACCCAGCAGACCUUCCGGCUCCUCAGCACCGAGGGCUCGGCCGCUGCGUGGGACCAGAGCCUCCUGGACCAGCUCCGCACUGCGCUGCAUCAGCAGCUCACUGACCUGCAAGCCUGUCUGAGGCAGGAGCAGCGGCUGCAAGGGGCUCCCCUGCUCAAGGGGGACUCCAGCCUGGCUCUGAGGAAAUACUUCCACGGAGUCACUCUCUAUCUGCAAGAGAAGGGACACAGCCCUUGUGCCUGGGAGGUUGUCAGAGCAGAAGUCAUGAGAGCCUUCGCUUCCUCAACACACUUGCAGGAGAGAUUCCGGAGGAAGGACUGACAGACACCUGGUUCAACACGGGAAUGAUC